AUGGUUCCGCUUCGGGCUACUCUUUGGCUGGCUAGCCUACUUUCUCUUCAUCUGGCCUCCGCCCUGACCGUUCCACAGAAAGUCUUGGAGGAUAACAGUGACAUCUUCCAAAUCUCUGAAGAUGAUCUGUCAUCGAAUGCAACUGCGAUUGAAGAGUUCGAUGUCUCAACGUUGACACUCGACAAUCGAGCGUGCGAGAAUUUUAACCCCACUGAAUGGGAUUACGAUGUGGCCAUCAUUGGCGGCGGUCCUGCAGGUUUGGCUGCCUCAAUGUCUCUAGGCCGGGUAGCCCGCAAAUCUAUCAUGUAUGACUCGGAGAAAUAUCGAAACGUCCAGACACGAUACAUGCACGAUGUUCUUGGUCAAGAUGGCCAGGUCCCAGCGAGAUUCCGAAUUGCAGUUCGUGGUCAAAUCGAUGAACACUACAGUGAUUACUCUUUCCGCGCAACUCGCGGUACCGAAGUCACCGCCAUUCAGCCUCUUAACAAGGGUUUCCGUAUCUACGACAGCAAGGGUGGGAAGAUGACUGUUCGCAAGGUCAUUUUGGCUACUGGAAUUACAGAUGUCUUGCCAAAUAAGCCAGGCUUUGUCGAAGCCUUUGGUAAGGGCCUAUUCUGGUGCCCAUGGUGUGACGGAUUCGACUACAGAGACAAACGAAUGGUCGUAAUCGGUCGACCAGGCAAGCUUGCCAGCGCCAUUGGAUCUGCCAUGAACAUGAGGAAGUUGACCACCAAAAUUACAAUCGUCGCUGGCGGCAGGAUUAGUGAUGCGGAUAAGGCAGCUGCCGAAGAGAGAUGGCCUGGAUGGCAAACAGUCAUCAAGACAACGUACGGGAUUCCCAUUCAUGAAGUCGAUGUCACACGGAUCGACAGAACCGCCACAGGAACUGAGCCGAAGGAUGAUCAAUACAAAGUCACUCUGAAUGGCUCGCCAUCCCAGCUGAUCACGGAGGGUAUUCUUAUUAGUGCUGAUACUAAGCAGACCGCCAGUCUGCAUAAGCAGUUGCAUCUGCAGAUGGAUGGAAACUCUAUUAAGGUCCAGCCGAAUAUGGAGACGAGUCUGGGCGGAGUCUAUGCUGUCGGAGAUGCCAAUAAUGAUGGGAGUACUAAUGCCUAUCAUGCCAUGUGGAGUGCUAAGCGUGCUGUUGUCAAUGCUCACGGUAAGCAUGAGUGUCAUAGAUUUCAUGGGUCAAUGCUAAUGGGAAUAGUGGCCAUCUCCAAGGAGGAAUAUCUUGAAUCUGCUCCCAAUGCCCUGGCGGCAGCUAUGGGCGGUGAUGAGGAAUUCUACGAGCGCCAGAUUGAGGAGCUCCAGUGGAUGAUGGGUAAUGACGUGGAGGAGCUUUACAAGGCCUUUGGUGGUUAA